GCUCUCGCGCCCCGCUGUCCGCGAACCGCCUCCAGCUGCCCGCGGCCGGCCCUCGCGGAUGCUUUCGGCGGGAGAGAGGCACUCGGUCCUGCUCCGGAGCGAUGGCUCCGCCGUGGCCUGCGGCGAGAAUGACGAGGGCCAGUGCGAGCUCCCGGCGCUGCCCGCGGGCCUCACCUACAUGCAGGUCGCCGCUGGAGAGAGGCACACGAUCUUGCUCAAGAACGAUGGCUCCGCCGUGGCCUGCGGCUGGAAUGAUGAGGGCCAGUGCGAGCUCCCGGCGCUGCCCGCGGGCCUCACCUACACGCAGGUCGCCGCUGGAGGGGAUCACACGGUCCUGCUCCAGAGCGAUGGCUCCGCCGUGGCCUGCGGCUGGAAUGCUUCUGGCCAAUGCGACGGCCCGGCGCAUCGAUGGCUCCGCCGUGGCCUGCGGCUGGAAUGAUGCGGGCCAGUGCGAGCUCCCGGCGCUGCCUGCGGGCCUCACCUACAUGGCCCACCUGUUGCCGGGGAUGCUCCUCCAGGCGUCGCUGGACGGCGACACGAUGCGCUUCAUGACCUUUGGCGGGGCGGAGCGCUCCAGGUCCUGGGCCGGGCCCGGCGCUCGCCUCGCGGACAUCUACGAGCAGCUGCUGGCCGACCACCGCGCGGGCAGACUGGGGCCCGGAGCCUGGCGGGUGGACGCCGUCCUGCCGGGCGGCCGGCUGCUGAGCCGCGCGGCGGCCGAGGAAACUGUCGCCGAGGCCGUGGAGCUUCCCCGUGCCACGUAGCGAUACAGAGAGACAUUCCGAUUCCGGGGCGGCGCGAGGUUGCGAAGGUGGCCGCGCGUCGCACGUCGCGCGGCGCGGGGCGCGAGGUUGGGUGGCCCAGGCGGGGCGAGGAGCCCCGCGAGAUCUCCUUUCUUGCGCGCGUGGUUGUUGCCCAGCCUGCC